CCCUCAGAGGGCAGCAGGAUGGAGCUCAGGCUGUGGAAACUCUACCUACUCGUCACUUUGACGCUGGGAUGGACCGAAGCUCAGACUCAGACCAACUUCACCAGGCCGGUGUUCCACUGUGGAGGACACCUGGUCACCGACUCGGGCAUCGUGGCCAGUGAAGGCUUCCCCAGUCACUACAAGGCCAACAGUCGAUGCACCUGGUACAUCACUGUCCCAGAGGGUCAUGUGGUCAUGUUGUCUUUCCGCCUCUUCGACAUGGAGGCCGAUUCCACCUGUCGCUACGACUACCUGGACGUCUACAACGGCCAUACUCGGCUGGUGCAGAAGCUGGGUCGGUUCUGCGGGACGUUUCGACCCGGCGCCCUCAUCUCCACCUCCAACACCAUGAUGCUGGACAUGGUGUCGGACGACGCCACGGGAGGACGAGGCUUCCUGGCGUAUUUCAGCGCAGGGAAACCACAUGUGGAAGAAAACCAGUUCUGUGGAGGUCGACUGACCAAAUCACAGGGCUCCGUCCAGACGCCCAACUGGCCCAACAACGAUUACCCAGCAGGCAUCAGCUGCUCCUGGCACAUCUCUGUGGAGCCAAGCAACGUGAUCGAGGUGAGGUUCGAGAAGCUGGAUUUGGAGCCCGAUACCUACUGUCGCUAUGACUACGUGGCCUUGUUCAAUGGGGGUGAGACCGACGACUCUCGGCGGAUCGGGAAGUUCUGCGGAGAUCGGCCGCCAGGGACAAUAGUGACCAAUGGGAAUGAGCUUCUGGUCCAGUUCGUGUCCGACCUCAGCGUGACCUCAGACGGGUUCAUGGCCCAUUACUCCAGCAUCCCUCGUGGUUCCAGGGCGCCAACAGCUGGAGGAGACUUCAUCUACCGCCCCGACACAGGAUCCACAUCACCAAAACCAACCAGGAGGCCCAGUAAACCCACCAAACCAACAUCCAGACCGACAUCUAGACCGACAUCCAGACCGACGUCCCGACCUACAUCCAGACCUACAUCCAGACCGACAUCUAGACCUACAUCCAGACCGACAUCUAGACCUACACCCAGACCUACACCCAGACCUCGACCUGGCCUCCUGCCCAAACCCACAACAAAACCACUAAAACCAAAGGUGAAGCUUCCACUGAAACCACCACCACCACGUAAACCUACCCCCAAGCCUGCCACCAAGCCCACGGCUAAACCCAAACCAGCUAAACCAACACCCAAACCACCCGCCAAAAAACCCACACCUAAACCUGGAGUUAAACCCGGAGUGAAACCUACAACCAAGACGAGGAUAAAGAUUAUUAAACCAACGAUGAAGCCAAGGGUUCGAGUUAAUCCGUCUCGUAAGCCUUUCAUCAAGCCCAAGGCCACGUUAAAACCUGCAGUCAGACCAGUCAAACCAACGCCGAAGAGCGGACUGAAACCCACAACCAAACCCAAGGUUAAACCCAAAGCCACUCCUAAACCAGAACUCGGCAAGACGGUGACAAAGAAGCCUGCUGUGGCCAAGAAACCGUUACCACUGAACCCACUGUGUACACAAGUCUGUAAGAGGACGGGAACGCUUCAGUCCAGCUUCUGCCCCCACGACUUCGUCAUCACCGGUAAGGUCACGUCGGUGUCAGCUGGUCCCAGAGGUUCCGCCUCCAUCGAAGUGUCACUCAUCAAGGCCUAUAAGACCGGACGCCUCAACAUCACUAAGUCAGGACCAGUCAUGUCCGUCACUUUAACCUCCACCUGUAAGAGAUGCCCCGGGAUAACGAAAGGCCUGAACUAUGUGCUCAUGGGAAACGUCGACGCCCAGGGCAACGGCCUCCUGACCCCGUCCAGCUUCGUCCUCCUCUACAAACCCAUCCACGCCAAACCGCUGGCCGCUCUCGCACGCAAACAGUGCUGACAUCACAGCUCCGACGGCCAAUCAGAGUCAGCCCCGCCGGGAUGUCAGAGCAGUGAAAGUCACAUGAGCAACAACACGAUUAUUUCAUCAUUUACUACAUGACAACAUUCUGUUAGAACACCUUCCACCUUAAGUAUUAUAUUUUUUAUUUUGUAUGUAAAUUAUAAUAUUUCUGUGAUUUUAACAAUGCAAUCAAUAAACCACAUGAUGCUGGUGUUUGACAAGAGCUGAACUCUAAGUAUUUCCUGUG